AUGAGUCACAAGAAAAAAGCUAGUCAGACAUUGUCUGUUAGUUUACAUGAAUCUGAGCCUCAAAAUGCCAAGAAGAGGUUCUCCAUCAGCUCAAACAGUAUCAAGGAGUGGACUUCCACUGGAUUUGAAUCCUUCACAGAAUGGUCCAAGACCAAAUUUUACCCUUCAGGGGAUGAAGACCACACAGGUUCAGACAAUGAGGAUGAUGAAAAUGGCCCCAUCAUACCUGAAGUUAUACUAGAUGAUGAUGUGUAUGCAAAACUUCUGACUUGUGAUGGCAUUGGCCUCAAGGGCCGACAUGAAUUGAUUAGAAGCAUAUUUCAUGCUUCUUACAAAGUAUGCACAGUUCCCACUGGAUUUGUGGCCAAAGACCCUUCUCAUAUGAAGACUGAGAAGAAGCUAGUCAGGUUUAUCAAGGCCAAGGACAGUGAUGUCCAUGCAAACAUUCAUAAUGAAGAACAAAAGAGGAAGUCCAAGGAGAAAAGACAUGACAACUACCUGGAGCUUAUAGACACCAUUAGGGAUCUGGCAAUCUUGGCCAAUCAAAAGCCGAGUUCAAAGCAGCAUGCAGAUUUGCCUACCUGGGCUGACUGGUCUUUGGGAGGUUCUUAUCUUCCUGAGGACGUGCACAUGUCCUACACCAUAUUGAAGGCCAGCUUGAACAAGCUGCAAACAUUUGUAAUCUCUGGGGUGCCAUCUGCAAUGCCAGUGGAAGAUGAAGCUGCCUCCAAUACUCCUUCCUACCUACCUGGUUCUGUUUUUGAUCUACAGUUCUUGGUUGCUCUGGACCAGGCUGUCCAGGAAGUCUUGUCCAAGGUCAUUGAGCACAUUGAGAGGCUGACCAAAGAGGCACUUGAUGAGGAUGACAACAUCCAGGAUGAAGGUGAAGUUGGAAACAAGGAGACUGAGAUGGAAGUGGACCAGCAGGAGCAAGAGCAGGAGUAG